AUGGAUCUUCUCGUUCGCCGCUACGUGGCGCGUUUCGUCCAGGCUUAUAGUCUGCUGUGGACUUCGUAUACCAUACCAUACGCUCCCUCGAUCAUUGACAGCUCAUCACAUCUCAGCUCGCGCCAUCUUGCAUCUCUAUCUCCUCAUCUAUCCUCGCCUGCGUUACUUAGGUCAUGA